UCUAUAAGAGGUCUAUAGGCUUAAUUGAUCGAAUAGAAGUUUCGCAAUGUUUAGUCUGUUAAAAUGUACUGAUAUAAUUGGAUGCACGUGGAAUUCUGACAACUUUGAGAAAAACGACUUGGUUUUGCCUGUUGUUCACACGCGUAUCUGCCCUCUCGUCGACUAGAAUUGUCCCAGCUGUUCGCGCCUGCCUUCGAUCACUGAGCACAUUUCCAUUGUUAGAGCGGUCACUCAGCUAUCUUGUCAAUAUAUUACAUUAUCUUCGUUACCAGUCGAACCAGCGGUUGGUAACGGGCUCACUCAGUGUUGGAAAUGCAGCCGCCACUCCCACCAGAUGAAGUCAGGGAGCUGGUGUGUUCCUGUCUUCACAGGGACCCAGUAGCUGCUGACCUGAGAUGCAGCCUGUUUGUUGCUGCUGCUCAGAGCUACAAGAGGGACUCACUGCUCAGACCCUACCCCCCCAGAUACAUCAGAGACACUGACACCAAGGAGUUUGAUGAGCUGCUGUCAGAUGUGAGCAGUUUGCCUGGUGUGAGGGAGCUGGUGAGUUUGAGACCUGGCAAAGCUGACCAUCAUCUGGCCCUCACACACUGGGUUCUCUUCUCCAAGAGCUUCGCUGUGAAGACACUACAGAAAGACGAGUAUGUCAAGCUCUGUAACCUGACAGAGGCUGAGGGGAUCUCUACGCCGGUCCCAGACUUUCUGUUUGAGCUAGAGUACUGCGACCAGAUGAACGUUAAGUUUGAGAAGACGCGGGCGGGACGUGACCUCUUCUAUGCAUUCCACGGCAGCCGACUGGAGAACUUCCAUUCUAUCAUACACAACGGACUACACUGCCACCUCAACAAGACAUCAUUGUUCGGAGAGGGCACCUACCUCACCAGUGACCUCAGCAUGGCGGUCCUCUACAGUCCCCAUGGCAACGGUUGGCGCGACAGCCUCCUGGGACCGUUGCUAAGCUGCGUCGCCAUGUGUGAGGUCAUUGACCACCCAGACGUCAAGUGCCAGGCAAAGAGGAAAGAUUCGGAGACCAUUGACCGGCAGCGAUCCAGAGCCAGGAACAGUGAAGGAGGAGAGGUCCCUCAGAAGUACUUUGUGGUCACCAACAAUCAGCUGCUCCGAGUCAAAUACCUGCUAGUGUACUCUCAGAGAAGACACCUGUCCAGACAUUCCCAGGGCAGGUCGUGGCUGGUCAGACAUCACUUUGCCAUUAUGAUGAGUCUCUACCUACUGCUUCUCAUCUUCAUCGGUACCUUCAACUCCACCACAUUCCUCUCCUUCUGGAACCGGCUCUUCCGGUGACGUCAUGGUGCUUUUCCACUUCAGCCCAAGAUGGUCCAGCCUGAGGCUUCCUAUGGGCUUAAACCCUGGUGUUUUACUAGGGAAAUAGUUUCCUUUCCAACCCUUGGGCUUGACCCUAAGGCACGAGCGUGAAACUCAUUCCACGGAGUGCCGAGUGUCUGCAGGUUUUCGCGCCUCUCUUGUACUUGAUUGAUGAAUUAAGGUGACUGAUUAGUAAAUAACUCCCCUCAACUGGUUGUCUUGGACUUAAUUGAAAAGAAAAACCAGCAGACACUAGAGCCUCCAUGGAAUGAGUUUGACACCACUGCACUUCAAACUUGGGAAGAGCAGUGUGUCAAGUUCAACAACCUGUGAAAUUUCAACAGUUUCUUAUGAGAAGGAAUAGUUCAUCUAGACAUGGACCAUUCUUCUCAUUCAUAGUGCCUUCCCUAACACAGAGACAGACCAGACGGACAGACAGCACAGGAGACAGACCGGACAGACAGCACAGGAGACAGACCGGACAGACAGCACAGGAGACAGACCGGACAGACAGCACAGGAGACAGACCGGACAGACAGCACAGGAGACAGACCGGACGGACAGCACAGGAGACAGACCGGACGGACAGCACAGGAGACAGACCGGACGGACAGCACAGGAGACAGACCGGACGGACAGCACAGGAGACAGACCGGACGGACAGCACAGGAGACAGACCGGACGGACAGCACAGGAGACAGACCGGACGGACAGCACAGGAGACAGACCGGACGGACAGCACAGGAGACAGACCGGACGGACGGACAGCACAGGAGACAGACCGGACGGACGGACAGCACAGGAGACAGACCGGACGGACGGACAGCACAGGGGACAGACCGGACGGACGGACGGCACAGGGAACAGACCGGACGGACAGACGGCACAGGGAACAGACCGGACGGACGGACAGCACAGGGGACAGACCGGACGGACAGCACAGGGGACAGACCGGACGGACAGACAGCACAGGGGACAGACCGGACAGACAGCACAGGAGACAGACCGGACAGACAGCACAGGAAACAGACCGGACGGACAGACAGCAAAGGGGACAGACCGGACGGACAGCACAGGAGACAGACCGGACGGACAGACAGCACAGGAGACAGACCGGACGGACAGCACAGGAGACAGACCAGACGGACAGCACAGGAGACAGACCGGACGGACAGGAGACAGACCGGACGGACAGACAGCACAGGAGACAGACCGGACGGACAGACAGCACAGGAGACAGACCGGACGGACAGACAGCACAGGAGACAGACCGGACGGACAGACAGCACAGGAGACAGACCGGACGGACUGACAGCACAGGAGACAGACCGGACAGAUGGAUGGACAGCACAGGAGACAGACCGGACAGAUGGAUGGACAGCACAGGAGACAGACCGGACAGAUGGAUGGACAGCACAGGAGACAGACCGGACAGAUGGAUGGACAGCACAGGAGACAGACCGGACAGAUGGAUGGACAGCACAGGAGACAGACCGGACAGAUGGAUGGACAGCACAGGAGACAGACCGGACAGAUGGAUGGACAGCACAGGCGACGUGGACAAACAGGACAAACACCUUAACACUGUUCCCAUUUCAUGUGUUUUCCAUCUUACAUCCCUUUGUAUGUACAGUAUACAUGGUUAUCACAGCUAUGGUUAUAACACCCUCACAUGCUGACAACAUCGCCCGCGUCUCAUGAGCGAGCGUUGCAAAAAUACGUGUACACAUACAUGUUAUUCAAUCAUUGCAGCCACACUGUUCACGCGUGUCAACGAGCGUCUUGCGAAGACGGCCAGCGCUUUGUGUCGCUUGACGUGCUGUGAGUCUCUCCUCUCCCAUCUCCUCAUUGGUUUUUAGGAGCAUAUACUCACAUGGGUGAUUGAAAGAUGAACUGAGGUCCACUAUCCACUCCAGUUGGUGGUGGUAAAUGCACCUUAAAGUUGGUUGCCAACCACCAUAUUUAUUUUCUAUUUAUUUCACCUUUAUUUAACCAGGUAGGCAAGUUGAGAACAAGUUCUCAUUUACGACACACAACAACACAGAGUUACACAUGGAGUAAAACAAACAUACAGUCAAUAAUACAGUAGAAAAAUACGUAUUUAUACAAUGUGAGCAAAUGAGAUGAGAUAAGGGAGGUAAAGGCAAAAAAAAGGCCAUGGUGGAGAAGUAAAUACAAUAUAGCAAGUAAAACACUGGAAUGGUAGAUUUGUAGUGGAAGAAUGUGUAAAGUAGAAAUAGAAAUAAUGGGGUGCAAAGGAGCUAAAUAAAUAAAUACAGUAGGGGAAGAGGUAGUUGUCCGAAGAAGAAGCCUGAAGGAGGAGAGAUUACUAGAAACUAACUAGGUUUCCCCUUCUAUCUGUGGAUUAAUUAUCCGAUUAGAGGACCUUGGGCAUUUCAGGUAAAAUAACAACCCAAGGUUUAUAUCCCUAGCCAAAUGGGACAAAUUAGCUAGCGACAGCAAGCAAGCUUAAUUGCCAUAUGUUUAAUGCUUUUUGACCUGGGUGGACAAAAUCAACAUGCGCGUGAUUGCGGACGCACGCGGAGCGGUGUGGUCAGCACAUAAGACUGUUUUCACAUGAAGGAAACCAUGCUUUGAGUCAUUUCCUGUUGUUGAAAGUAAACGUUAUCAUGAAGUACUA